CUCCACAAUUAAUCCCUCCCACUCUCAUCCCAAACAAAACAAAAACACAGCACACCAAUCUCCCAGUUCCACUUGAUCAAAACAAAAAUGUCAACAUGCAGCAAAAUCAGACACAUUGUGCAGCUCCGUCAAAUGUUACGAAGAUGGCGCAAGAAGGCCGCCAUGUCCGCUAGUCGCAUACCGUCCGAUGUGCCAGCUGGACACGUGGCAGUCUGCGUGGGCAUCAAUUGUCGAAGAUUUGUCGUACGCACAACGUACCUCAACCACCCUGUUUUCAAGAAGCUUCUAGUCCAGGCAGAGGAAGAAUUCGGGUUUAACAACUCAGGCCCAUUGGCUAUUCCCUGUGAUGAGUUUGUUUUCGAGGAUAUUAUCAGGAGAUUAGCCCGCUCAGACUCCAAGAAAUCAGCUCCCAGGUUUUCAAAGCCCGAGGAGAAUUGUCAUGUGGGCCAUAGAGGCCUUGAUUUCUGGCCCGAGUCCAGGCCUCUGCUUAAUGGGAUCAAUGACAAAUCAGUAUGGUACUGAGUUUUGGGUUGGGACCGAGUUGGGAGGAAGAGUUUUAUUAAUCUACUUGCCAAUUGGGAAAGCUGAGUUGGUGGGAGUUUUGUUAAUACUACUCCCUCCGUCCCUAUUUAUCUGUCCACUUUGGAAGUAAAAAUUUGUCCCUAUUUAUCUGUCCAUUUAUACUUUCAAAACUAACUUAAUGAUAGUUUUUCAAAUAUAUCUUCAUAAUUUCAAUUUUCAAAGCUUGACUUAUUUAAAACUUGGUUGAAUUCAUGUUUUCAAGACAUAAAGUAGGGGUAUUCCACCAUCUUCAAGAUAUUAAUUAGAGGUAUUUAAUGAAAAAGUUUAUACAAUCAAUUAUUCCUUGGUAUGCGUUUUUUUUUCCAAGAUGGACAGAUAAAAAGGGACGGAGGGAGUACUAAAUAUAUUCUUUGUUGGGUUGGUACUGAGUUAUAAGUUACCGAGUCAGCUUUAGGAGAAGAGUGAUGGAGAUGGCAGGUAGGUGGGGGCUGAGUUGCCACCGAGUCGUCCCGGGUCAGAGUCCGAGUAAAGAAAGGAACAGUAAAUUCUAUUAAUUCAGCUGGAGCAGAAAGGGAUCCACAUUUUCAAAUAGCUUAUAAUUAGGAUGUAAAUUAUUAUGUCAUUCGUUAAUGAUUGAGUAGUGGAAAAUAAAGUAAUGUAUUUUAUUCAUUAAAUGAAAAAGUUAUUCAACUUACCUUUAUUUCA